AUGGAUGCAAUCGGGAUCUACUUAGGGUGCAUUGACAAGGAGAAGAAGGAAAGAAACAUUGCAGAUGUUCCUGUUUUGGGGGACUUAGAUUACCAAUGGAAUACGGAGAGAACACGACCUACCCAGACGAUAUGGGAAGUCAAUAAACCAACAAACACUAGAGAUAGGGUGGCUAAAUCAAAGAAGCGAGCAAUAGCAUCACUAUCUGCAUACUGUACUUUUUCUCAGCGCCCAUUGUCAACGAGCGGUCGAUUUUCAGAAUUUGAUCUCGACGAGCUGUUGGUGGAGAGGAACCUCAGCUAUAUAAGAACUCUAGGCCACGACAGCAUAAGACCUAUUGGCAUAGCUAAAACUAUUAGAGAGUUAGAAAGGGAAAAAAAUGAUAAGCAAGAGAACAAAGCUCCUACUCAAAAUACCACCAAUUGCUUGCCAGAACCAAUGGAGAAUAGAAAUGAAACUCAGAAUGCUGCGACGAUAAAUGACUUGAUGUUAGACCUUGAUCAGGGUGUGCACUCUGAACAGGAGGAAAGCUAUAAUUAUGAUGAUGAAUUUGAUAGAGUGGAGCAUGAUGGCACAAUUGAGCAACGGCCAACUGGGAGAUUGGUCGCUGGAACAGGCCUGUACGCUGAAGAUUCACAGAUUUUGCAGCAAUUCGAGGAAAGUAUUAUUCCAAAUAAUCGUGUGAGGGCCUCUAGGAUAUCAAACUUAAGAAAUACAACGUAUUCCAGUCCUAAUAACCAGUUCACGCCAUAG